AUGCUUCAGAUGGAUCUGCCGCACCUGAACGUGCUCACGAAGAUCGACAACCUCAGCAAAUAUCCUUCCCUCCCGUUCAACCUGGACUUCUACACCGAAGUCCACGACCUGUCGCACCUGAUACCGCACCUGAACGAGGAAGCGCCGUGGCUCGCGAAUUCCAAGUUCGACGCGCUGAACUCCGCCAUAGUCGAGCUAGUGCAGGAUUUCGGGCUGGUAGGAUUCGAGACGCUGGCGGUAGAGGAUAAGAAGAGCAUGAUGAGCCUGCUGCAUGCGAUCGAUCGAGCGGGCGGGUAUGCAUUUGGGUCCGCUGAGGGCGCCAACGAUACAGUCUGGCAGGUGGCUGUUAGAGAAGGUAUGGGAGUGAUGGAUGUCAAGGAUGUGCAGGAGAGGUGGUUAGAUGCAAAGGAUGAGUGGGAUGAGAAGGAGAGGCAGGACUGGGAAGCAGAAGCCAGGGCGAGAGAAAUGAACUCAACAGGUCGUGCUGGCGACAACGACGACAUGGACAUGGACGAGCUAAUGUCGAAUGUCCCGCCCAACAACGGCAUCAAGGUGGUAAGGAAACCGCCAAAGUAA